CGGCCUUCACCCUGCCAUCAAACAUCCGACACUCUUGCCGUCUCAGGACCUCUUCUUGUCAAGGACAUCAUCUUUUCUGCCUAUACCACAUUUUGCCAAAAUGGUUCCCAGACAGCGCGUCGUCUCUGGCCGUCCCCAGAAGAGCUUCUUCACCACCGCAUACGAGGAAGUCACUCACCCCGAGAACGCUACCAUUGUGAGAAGCAUUCUAAUCUUCGGCGCCGGCGUCGCUUUCCUCCACAGCAGCCUCAGCGAGCUCCUUCUGCCCCCUAUGUAAACCGAUUUCCCACGCGUCCGCCUGUCGCUGUGAUAUGAAAAUGUCGGCCUGGUCUGGAAGUUCUACCGAUAUUUAUCACGAUGCACGGACAAAUUUCUCCCUACUUUACUUAUGAAUCCGAUUCGAUUCUAAUGAAUACGUGUAUUAUACUGUGUGCUUGAUGGGCAUAUAUGGGUUUCAACGUUGUGUGGCUAGGCUUGUCGUCCGGUCCAUGAAGGAUCAACAUUAUAUGUGGCGUUGGAAUAGACCUGUUCUCCAAAAGACAUACGGACCUUGCUUC